AUGGAAUCUGAAACACCUCUGACUGCUGCUGAACUACGGGAAAGAAGAAGACAAAGAAUACUUGGAAAUUCAGAGAAUCGUAUGAAUCGUAUUCUUUCUGGACCUAACGGAGAUGAAAACCGAACAGCUCCAGCGAUGGAAGGCGGAGAAGCUUUUUCAUUUGUUCCACCCCAAAAUGUCGACAACACGCAAACGUUCAAGGAUAACGCAGAGCUUAAGGAUAAAAAAGAAUCCUUCGCUGUAUCGUUAAGAAGAAAGAAAGAAAUAAUAUCUCUCGUUUUCGGUACACGCGCAUGGUGA